UUAUUCAGAUUCUCUCUCUCAAUCUCUAUCUGCCCAUAUUUCUUGCUUUCAACAAAUUCAUUCACCAAUUUUUCCUUUUGUCCCAUCAACGACAAACAAAAUACAAAGUCCUUUCACAAAUAUUAAAACCAUUUCACCACAAACCCUUCCACAAGAAAGCUCUCUUCAACAAUGUCCUCUCAAAUCCGCAGAUCAAGAACUCACUCUAUGUUCACAAAAACUAUUUUUCUUUUUGUCCUUCUACUUCUUGGUUUAUGCAACGGAGCAAGAACAAGUAAGAACAACGUCUUCAACUCCAAAUCACACAAAGAAGUUAACGGCGUAGUUGCGUCGUCCUCUCAACAGUUCUUGGGAUUCUUACCACGUCACUUCCCAGUUCCAGCUUCUGGUCCCUCUAGAAAACACAAUGAUAUCGGUUUACUUAGUUGUGAUCGAUCUUCUCCGUAAAAGGCUUUAAAAGGUCAUCAUGACUUCCUUUUUUCUUUUAUAUUAAUUAUUUUCUCUCUUUUUAUUUGGUAUUUUUGUGUAAAUGGUUUUUAAAAAUCUUUUUGUUUGUGAUGCCAAGAAAAUGGAGUUUUGGUUGUUGUUGUCAACGAGGCAAAAUAUAUUUAAUAUAUAAUCAAUUUGUAACUGGAAGGUGUAAUUUGUAUUUGUAGUAUUGCGCGUAUUAAAGUGUG